GGCGUGGCCUCCGAGGCUUGCUGUCUCUGUGGCUCCCUGUGAGUGAGAGUGUGCGUGUGUGUCGGUUUCGGGUACAGUCGCCAUUUAGCGCGGCGAGUUCCCCGGGGCUGGGAGAGGUGGCAGCGGGGAGGCCCAUCCCCCACUCCCCUCAGGAGCCGUGAGCGAAAGGAGGACGGGAAGGAGCUGAGGCGGACGGGCGGGACGAGCUCGGCUUCCCUUCUUCGAUUAUAAUAUUACGAAUUUCUGCCUCCUUCCCACACCCCGCCUCUCAGGCCAGCCACUCUCGCAGCGUGAGGCGCGCGGUGGCCUCCUCCUCCUCCGGGUGAGAGGAGCGAACGAGGGAAGGAGGGGCGGCGACGGCGGCGGGAGUCCCGGCAUCGUGUGAGGGGACGGAAGGCGACUCUCCGGCGGCGGCGGCGGCUGGCUCUCUGACUGGACCUGACUCGAAGCAAGGAGCGGGCGGCGGGGCGAGGCAGAGCGCGCGCGGCCCCGACAGGGAAGGGCCUCGGCCAGCCCCGCACCCCACCCCGUCGGCUCGGGGCCUGCCGUGGGCUCCCGCCCGGCUCCUUCUCCGCCCUUCUCCUGCGACCCCCCCCCGCUCCUCAUCGGAUCCCUCCUCAUCUUCGCCGCUGUUUGCUGCUCCAUGUCGGCCCCGCUGCUCGGCCCCCCGCUGCAGCAGGAUGGAUGCGGACACUGACCGCCUGCCGCCGCCGGCCCAGCCCGCUCUGCUUCCACAGCAGCAGCAGCAACAGCCGUCGCCGCUGCUGCCUUUCCUCCUCGCGGUGAGGAGCCUCCGGGAGCCUCCACUGCCGCCGCCGCCGCUUUCGCCGCGAGAGCAGCUCCUCGGCGCGCUCCCCGCCUUGCAUUGACCCUCCUCGAGUCAGCUGCUGUUGCUGCUGCAGCAGCGGCGGCAGCUGCUGGUGCUGCUCCUUGCCGCCGCGGCUCCCGCGCCUUCGCCGCGCUUCCCUCCUCCUCCGGCACCAUGUCGGGGGGCGCUUCGGAGACUCCCCGCUUCCUGGCUCCUCCGCCGCCCCCGCCCAAGAACGGCUCCAGCUCGGACAGCUCCGUUGGCGAGAAGCUGGGGGUCGCCGCCGCCGCCACCGCUACCGCCGGCACCGGGGACCCCGAAGGCUCGGAAGGCAGCGGGGCCCGCAUCGAGGAGUAUCGCCGACGCCGCCACACCAUGGACAAGGACAGCCGUGGCGCGGCCGCCACCGAGCACCGCUUUUUCCGCCGGAGUGUCAUUUGCGACUCGAAUGCGACCGCUCUGGAGCUUCCGCGGCUGCAGCCCGCAGCGCCUCCCCCUCCUGCAGCCGCCCGAGGGAGCAUCCCGCCCGUGCUGGGCUCGCCGCCGGAGUCUGUCAUCCAGGCAGCAUGUGCUUCUGUCACUGCUAGCCAGGCUCCCACGCUGCUCCUGCAGCAGGCACCCCCUCUGCCUCCACCCGCAGAGGGGCAGCCUGGUCAAGAGGCGUUGGUAACAAAGGACGUUGCCCCACUGCUGCUGUCCAAGGAGGAUGGAAUAGAGGUCACCCCACUGCCCCCUACCAGUACAGCGGGGACCACUGCCGUUUCUGCCCGGGAUCUGCAAGAAGAGCGGACUAAACAGCAGGAAGAUAUUGAGGAGCUGGAGACCAAAGCUGUGGCCGUCUCCCCAGAUGGCCGUUUUCUUAAGUUUGACAUCGAGAUUGGUAGAGGCUCCUUCAAGACUGUCUACAAGGGGCUGGACACGGAGACCACAGUGGAGGUUGCUUGGUGUGAGCUUCAGGAUCGGAAGCUGUCCAAAUCGGAGAGGCAACGAUUUAAGGAGGAGGCUGAAAUGUUGAAAGGGCUUCAACAUCCUAACAUUGUUAGGUUCUAUGAUUCCUGGGAGUCUACUGUCAAGGGAAAGAAGUGUAUUGUUCUGGUUACAGAGCUUAUGACAUCUGGCACAUUGAAAACGUACUUAAAAAGGUUUAAAGUGAUGAAAAUCAAAGUACUGCGAAGCUGGUGCCGGCAAAUACUGAAGGGUUUGCAGUUCUUGCACACGCGUACUCCUCCCAUUAUCCACCGUGACUUGAAGUGUGACAACAUCUUUAUUACUGGCCCCACAGGAUCAGUCAAGAUAGGAGACUUGGGUCUGGCAACCUUGAAGCGGGCUUCCUUUGCCAAGAGUGUGAUAGGUACCCCAGAGUUCAUGGCACCCGAGAUGUAUGAGGAGAAAUACGAUGAAUCCGUUGAUGUAUAUGCUUUUGGGAUGUGUAUGCUUGAGAUGGCUACGUCUGAAUAUCCUUAUUCUGAGUGUCAAAAUGCUGCACAGAUCUACCGUCGAGUGACCAGCGGAGUCAAACCAGCAAGCUUUGAUAAAGUUGCAAUUCCUGAAGUAAAGGAAAUCAUUGAGGGAUGCAUCCGUCAAAACAAAGAUGAAAGGUAUGCUAUCAAGGACCUUCUGAAUCAUGCAUUCUUCCAGGAAGAAACUGGUGUGCGGGUAGAGCUAGCAGAAGAAGAUGAUGGAGAGAAAAUUGCCAUCAAGCUCUGGUUACGAAUUGAAGACAUUAAAAAACUUAAGGGCAAAUAUAAGGAUAAUGAAGCGAUAGAAUUUUCUUUCGACUUGGAGAGAGAUGUCCCAGAAGAUGUAGCACAAGAAAUGGUUGAGUCUGGGUAUGUCUGUGAAGGGGAUCACAAGACAAUGGCCAAAGCUAUAAAGGAUAGAGUGUCCUUGAUCAAGCGAAAGAGGGAGCAGCGUCAGUUGGUGAGAGAAGAACAGGAAAAAAGAAAGCAAGAAGAAGUCAGUCAGAAACAGCAGACAGAGCAGCAGUUACAAGCGGGCACUACCCAGCAAGGAACUAAACAUGCUGCACCUGCCGCUGGUGUCACUGCCAUCCCUGCUGCUUCAGCUUCGGUUUCCACACAAGUAGAGCCUGAGGAGCCAGAAGCCGAUCAACAUCAACAGCUGCAGUAUCAUCAACCUAGCAUUUCUGUAUUGUCUGAUGGCACCGUUGAUAGUGGACAAGGAUCAUCUGUCUUUACUGAAUCAUGUGUGAGCAGCCAACAGACAGCUUCUUAUGGUUCCCAGCACGAACAGACUAUCCCAACAGUUCAACCCCCAGGAUAUGCAGCUCCUAUUGUCCAGCCACAAUCACAACAACCGGGAGGAUAUCAGACGUCUGGAGUGCCUCAACGUGGCUGUAGCAUGUCGGUUUGUCCUUCCCCUCUUUCUUUCCCUCCGCUGUCCCAAAUCCCUCCCAGUGCUCCUUCUACUCCACCAUCAGUGUUAUGUGCACCUCUUUCUCCUUCUUACCUUCGGACUGCCCCUGAGGAAACUUUUGGUGAAAAGCUUUCCAAAGCCUUGGAGAAUGUCCUGCCCAUGCACACCGCCUCUCCACGCAGCAAGCGGCGUUCCAGCCUGCCUUCCCUCUUUCUCCACCCUCCUCAAUCCAUGGUGCAUCCGUGUGGGGGAACCCCAACGUUCCCAGAUUCCCAAGUAUUUUUUCCAACCGUUCAUGAACGGCCAGUGUCUUUCUCGCCACCACCCAUCUGCCCUUCACGGGUGGCCAUUUCUCAGCGACGCAAGAGCACUUCCAUCCUUGAAGCCCAAACCUGCCACUUCCAGCCCUUGCUCAAGACUGGUCAGAGUUUUGUUCUCCCUGUUGGUAGUCCAGCCACUUGGACACCAGAGGGACUGGUGACAAUGAGCAGCACAGCUGGGGAGCAUAUGCAGGCUAACCCUGGUUUUGACUCGGCUCAAGGGUUGAGUGAUUACAGAUCUGGACAAGCGCCUUCAAAGGAUGCUACAAGCAUGUUGACUCAAGAAGCAAUGUAUUUAGUGGGCAUGCACUACCAGUCCCAGUUGCCAGAACACUAUGAUACAGUGCCCCAGAAUCCCCAGGGGACUGAGCAACACUUACAGCAGGCUCCUGAACAGAGAAAUUUGCAAGGCGGCCCCCCGCAGAGUUCUACUUUUGAAUAUCAAACUGGGCAGCCCUUUCUGGCAAGACAGAUUCAGAACUUGAGACUGGAUUCUGGAAUGAAUCCACCAUCACCAUUGUCUAGUAUGUCAGCACCACUGAGUGCAGAUGCCACACAAAUGAAUUUUCACCCAGUAUUUGUUCCACAUUCUGCACCUGCCAUACUCACUCACAGUGGGGACGGUCGAGCAAGUUGUGUGUUUGAGUUCCAUGUUCAAGCACCCAGUGCAACUGCAGGAGACAGUGCUGUCCUCUCACAGCGCGUUUAUAGAAAUCGUCGAGGCUCCACAGAUUUUAACCAGGAGGAGUCCCCUCAGACAACCGUACAGCCUGGUCGUCUUCAGCCUGUAACGGAAGAGCAGUGCAGCUACCUAGGUUCCGAGUUCAUGGUGCCUAGAGGCAGUUCUGUCUUACAGAGCUGGCCAGAAGGUAGCCCAGGAUACUCCAGUGAUUCAUCACAGUUGACUUCCUCAGACACUGGUGACUUUCUUUCUCCUCCUCCCACUGGGGUAUCUGCGUCGUAUGGUUCAGGCUUGCCUCUGCCUGCUGCCCAGCUGACUCAGAAGGCAUUUCAGGAUUCACAGAUCAUCUUCCACUUCCCACAGGGAACUUCAUCUCAACAGGCUUUCUCGGCACUGGCUUCAUCAGGACCAUCUACACUCUAUCCUCAGGCGCAGAUGAAAGGGCAGCCAACCUCAAAUGCUUCAUCAGUUGGCACAUCAUCCCAGCUAAUGCAGCCAAGUCAACAGAGCACCCAGCCUUCAGCCUCUUCACAACAGACUGGGCAAUACCAACUUCAGCAGCCUUCAGUUUCCAGUGGAGCUGCUCCAUCACAGCCAGUUACACAGCAAGCACAAAUAAUGUCUGUGCCUCAGGUAGCAGCUGGGACACAGCUUCCUGUUUCCCAGCCAGUGCCGAUCAUCCAAGGUGAAACACAGUUACCUAUGGCAGUGCCUUCCCUUCCUCAGCCUUCAGUUGCCCCUGUCAUGCCCAUUGGCUCUCAUUUUCUCCCUAUGGGCCCGCCCUUACAGACUCCCCUUCAUCCACAGUUCUCAGUUUCUCAGAUGCCCAUAGCAACACCUCAUGUGUCAGUGGCUCAGCCUGGUUUCCCAACUCUACCCAUCUCCAUGGCAUCUGGUGUUAGCCAGCCAUUGCUCACUUUGGCCACAUCUGCUGCAGCAGCUGCUAUUCCUGUGGGUUCAACUGUUGUCCCUAGCCAGCUUCCAACUCUUCUGCAGCCCGUGGCGCAGCUGUCCGGCCAGGUUCUCCCACAGCUUCUACAGCCAUCUGUUCAGCCCAUGGGAUUGCCAGCCACACUUGGACAAACUGCUGAAGUACCACUUCCACCUACAGAUGCUGUGUACCAGGGCUUCCCACCUCGGCUACCAGCACAAUAUACUGGAGACUCAAACAUUGCUUCUUCUGUGGCCUCUGCUUGCCUCCCUUCUGCAGUACUAUCCCCUCCCUUACCCACAGAUGUACUGGCUCAGCCAGGCUAUCUUGCUGCAAUGGUACAGCCUUAUAUGGAGCAGAAUGUUUUAGUUUCUUUGGGCAGUCUAGGCGGACAGGUUCAAGUGCCACAGCCUGCUUCCUGUUUAGCACAGCAGGUCUCAUCUUCAGCUUCCCAGCAGACAGCAUUAGAGAGUACUUCUGGAGUUACUCAAACAGCACCUGCAGAGACUCAACCACCAGCGCAGCAGCAGCAGCAGCAGCAGCCUUCGCAAUCAACCCCAUUGGUUUCCUCAAUAGAUAGUGCACAUUCAGAUGUUGCUUCAGGCUUAAGUGACUGCAAUGAAAGUGUUCCAGCAUCUAGUGGUAGACAUGAAGGGAGGACAACGAAACGGCAUUAUCGGAAGUCAGUGCGCAGCCGCUCUCGGCAUGAGAAGACUACACGUCCCAAACUGAGAAUUCUUAAUGUUUCAAAUAAAGGAGACCGUGUUGUGGAAUGCCAGUUAGAAACGCACAAUAGAAAAAUGGUUACUUUCAAAUUCGACUUGGACGGUGACAAUCCAGAGGAAAUAGCCUCUAUCAUGGUGCAAAAUGAAUUCAUCUUGGCAAUGGAGAGAGAUUCAUUUGUAGAGCAGGUGCGUGACAUCAUAGAAAAGGCAGAUGAAAUGCUCAGCGAGGAUGCAAGUGGGGAACCAGAAGGUGACCAGAGCAUGGACAGUAUGCAUAACCAGAAAUUGGAUGGAGACUUCAAACAGCCAGAUCCUGUGUCUUCUAUGCCACAAAGAAUAGGUGUUCCUCCUAACUCAUUGACGCAGGUUGUCCAUUCUGCUGGAAGACGGUUUAUUGUCAGCCCUGUACCCGAAAGUAGGUUACGAGAACAGAGAUUUUUCACUUCUAUCCCAUCAGAAAGUGAGCUGCUUGAUAUAGUUGCUGCUUCUCCAUCUCAUGGCCCUGGAAUGAAUCUCUCUCACUCUGCAUCUUCACUCAGUCUGCAACAAGCUUUCUCUGAGCUCAAGCACGCUCAAACGACGGAAGGACCAAGCACAGCUCCCCCAGUUUUUAACCAGGCUGUGCCACCUUUUCCAUGCCUAAGUUCAAGCAUGAAUGGGGGGCUGCCACCAACAUCAGUGCCUGCUCCUUCUGCCUCGGUUCCUUCCACCACCGGUGUUUCUUUACCAGCAACUCAGUCAACAGAAAAAGUGACAGCAGGGCUUCCGUCGGGUGAAGAAUUGCCAGGCUCCAGCUCUCCACCACCAGGGUUGCAGUCACAGUCAAUUAGCGGAGUGCCUUCCAGCGUCAGUGCACCUUCUUCUUUGUCCACAACUGCAUCCCAGGCGGCUUCUGCUGUUGGGGAAAUUGUUCCUAGUGUUAGCACCCCUGCUUCUUUAACAUUGCCACAAGCCGGAACGACAAGGCCUAGCAUUACAAUAUCAGGAGUUGUGGCACCAACUGCGACAUCUCAGCAGGUUGGUGCUGGCAGUGCUGCCACGGCCGAUUCUCAAACAUCGGUCCCUGUGUCUUCGGCACAGAGCGUGGUUUCGCAGUCUUCUCAGUUGAACACCAGCGGCUCUGUACCCAGCCUAGCUGAAAUGGUGGUAGUUAGUGUGCUGCAGCCAAGGUCAAAAGCCGAACAGUCACCGGAAAAACCACAGCAAGUCAGCGGAGGUGGACUGCCAGCGCCUGUUUCUGUACCUAUACCUUCUGCAGUAGCAUCAAGCAUAACUAGCUCCAUCUCACAGCCACUACCCAUCCCACCCACAGUUACCUCAUCUAGCUUAGGUGCGGCAGCAGGCGCUGUCUCUACCCCAGUAUUACCUGGCAUUCUGCCAUUGGCACAACCAGUAACGAAUGUCCCUGCAGUCCAGCAGACUUUAAUACAUACUCAGCCUCAACCAGCUCCAUUAGCCAAUCAACCUCAUACUCACUGCCUGGAAGGGGAUGUUGACAGUCAACCCAAAGCACCCGGCAUAGAUGACAUAAAGACUUUGGAAGAAAAACUCCGGUCCCUUUUCAGUGAGCAUGGCGGUGUCGGAGCAGCUCACCCAUCGGUAUCCCUGGAGACAUCACUGGUGGUGGAGACUACAGUUAUGCCUGGCUUGCCAACCACUGCUGUUGCGCCCACAAAACCUGCAGCACCUGUUGCAAGUACCAGUAUACCACCAGCCAGUUUGAUUCUUGGUCCAACAGGCUUACCUAUUGCGACUCCAGUAGCCACACCUGGGCAAGCAGGCACUCCAGUCACUUGUGUUACUACUACAACAUGCAGUACAGCAUCAGCAACAGCCAAAUCAGGGACACCUCCUUCAAAGCCACCUCUUAGCAGGGCACCGGGGCCACUGGUAGGUUCUGAACUUCCAGCUGGCACUCCAGCCAGUGAGCAGCUGCCACCCUUUCCAGGACCUACACUAACUCAGUCCCAGCAACCUCUGGAGGACUUGGAUGCCCAGUUGAGAAGAGCCUUGAGUCCAGAAAAUGUUCCAACAACAUCAGCUCCUGCCGGUCCUCUGCCAUCAGUGGCUUCUACAACGGUUACUGGAAUGGCAUCUGCACCAGAACAGCCUACAAAUACUGAUUCUCAGGAUGCAGGAAGCUGUUCCACAACUACCACCUCAGGAGUUGCAGUUCUUAAGAUGGGUCGUUUUCAGGUGUCAGUAGCUGUGGAUGAGCAGAAAGAGAGUGGAAGUAAGCCCAGGCACUUCGACACAAGCAGCUCAGAUUCCUCAUCUUUGUCUAGCAGCAGCAGCCCUGAGAGUACUCUGGUGAAGCCAACCUCCAGUGGGAUAGCCGAAGCCAUUGCUGUUACCUCUGCAGAUGUGGCGGAUGGAGUUUUUUCACACACUUCCACAGCCAAUUUGCAGCCAACCAAGGUUGGGCGUUUCCAGGUGACGACGACAGCAACAGACCAAGUGGGCCGGUUUUCUGUGUCUAAAACUCAAGAUGAGGUGACCUGUGUGGAGAGAGAGGUUCCUGCAAUAGUCCCUCUGGCUGUAAACUCUGAGCACGUUUCUUCUCCCAUCAAAACUCCUAAACCAGGGCUUAUCGCGAGAAGGCAUUCUCUGCACCUGAAUGGGCCAUCGUCUGAGCUGGAAGCUGCCUUCCUGAGUGGUGCAGCUAAGGAGCAAGAUGAUGGCUCAAGGAGUCCAGACUCUCUCCAUCCACCUGGGUCAAAGAUCAGUCUUCCAGUUCAGAGCCUUAGCAACUCAUUCAACUCUUCCUACAUGAGCAGUGAUAAUGAGUCGGACAUAGAAGAUGAAGACUUGAAGUGUGAGCUGCGCCAAUUGCGAGAGAAGCACCUUAAAGAGAUCCAAGAGCUUCAAAGUCGCCAAAAGAUGGAGAUUGAACUGCUUUACACGAAACUGGGCAAGGUACCUCCAGCAGUAAUCAUCCCUCCUGCUGCUCCUCUGUCAGGCAGGCGAAGAAGACCCACUAAAGGAAAAGGCAGCAGGUCCAGCCGCAGCAGCUCCCAGGGUAACAAGAGCCCUCAAAUUUUGGGCAAUCUGUCUGCUCAGAGUGCACCUUCGGUCUUGCCCCAACAGCAGACCCUCCACCCUCCUGGCACUGUCCAAGAAACAGGACAGAACCAUCUGUUACAGCCUCUGAAACCAUCUCCUUCUAGUGAGAACCUCUACUCUGCCUUUACUAGUGAUGGUGCCAUUUCUGCGCCAGGCCAAGGGUGUGUGAAGUUUAACUGUGCAUCUGAGCGGGUGACAUUCAAGCCUGUUGGCAGGAGGACCCGAUUUCUGAGUACGCCCUGCUUGGCUCUUUGGAAGAUGGUGAAAAAAGUCUGCCCUUGCAACCAGCUCUGUAGGACCAGCAGUACAAACACUGUUGCGGGUACAGUGAACAGCCAGGCACCUCAGUCUCAGCCUCCUGCCUCUAGUCGAAAAGGGACCUUUACGGAUGACCUGCACAAGCUAGUAGACAACUGGGCUCGCGAUGCCAUGAGCCUCUCUGGCAAGAAAGGAGGCAAGGGGCAUGGCAAUUAUGAGGGCCCAGGAAUGGCAAGGAAGUUCUCCGCACCAGGUCAGCUCUGCAUCUCGAUGACGUCCUCCCUCGGUGCUACACCCAUCUCUGCUGCGUCAGCUACCUCCCUAGGUCACUUCACAAAGGCCAUGUGCCCCCCUCAGCCAUACGGUUUCCCAGCAGUGCCCUUUGUAGCUCCCUGGAGCGGGACAGGUGGUCCAGCACCGCAGCCUUUAGGCCAGUUCCAGCCUGUAGGUGCCACCUCAUUGCAAAGCUUCAACAUCAGCAACUUGCAGAAAUCCAUCAGCAACCCCCCUGGCUCUAAUCUGCGGACCACUUAAUGAGGCCCUGGCAUGCUGCUGGGUAGACUUGAGGGGGGAGAUCGGGCCCUGAACCAACCACUAGGCUGCAGUGAACUGGCUAUUAGCGCCCAAGGGGGGGGUGAACUUCCUCCUCUAACCAUUGCUCUCUGCUCUCCGUAAGAAAAGCCCUCCAUUUUGAAUAUGGGGAGAAGAGUGAUCAGGAUCUUCCACGAUGGGACAUGCUUCCUCUCGUCUGUGGCAAGUGUGUAAAGAUGAAAGCUACCACAUAAGCCAAGGGCUUCGUGCUGUAAAAUUCAUUUGGCUUAAGAUGCUGAAUCGACAUGGGUUGAGACGGGAGAAUUGUUGUUAGUUUUAGCAUGAAUCUUUAGUAUGCCAUUUGUCUUGCUCUGAGGAAUUAAGCCGGGGGUGGGGGGAGCUGUCCAUUAUUUCCAUGUCUCUUCCUUCCGUCAGACCAUCACACCGAAGUUCCUGAGCUGAUGGGGCACACAAGUGGACUUGCAGAACAGCCCGUGCUUUGACAUAGGUCAUUACUGCUUUAAGUAAAAGAUAUUAACAGCUUUGACUGCAGCAUUAGAGCAAUUUAAAUUGUUUAGAAGACAAAUUUUUUAAAAAGUUCCCUGCGGACAUGUACUUACCAUCAGUUUUGAUGUGGAAACACUGUGAUAUAUAAAUGUUGUUGGACAACAGUAGUUUAAAAAAAAUGAGUGGCAUAUAGAGGGUUAAACAGUUAAAAAGGAAAAAAAAUGGGGGGAAAAGCUAGCUAUAUCCUGAUACUUAUUGGAGACACUUUAACUUUUUUUCCUUUGUAUUUUCAUUGUAUUAGAUAAAUGUGAAUGUAUAAUUGUAUAAAUUAAUGUACUUGAAUACUUGUCUGUUCUCCCAGUAUGCUUGCUGGAUAUUUUAGUGCCUUGGACUUUUAUUGCUUCUACAGUUAGCAUCACCUUCCCAGCAGACUUUCGCCAGGCAGAGGGAGGUUAUUUGGAUAUAGUCACUGGAAUACCAAAGGCAUAACACAUUGGAUGCUUAUACUGUAAUAGUGUCGAGAGUAGGUGUUGGAGGGGGAGCUAUUGCAGCUUUUGUGUCGGAAGAGUAAAGCUAUGGAGCGGUGGGGGGAACUGAUGUGGCUGAUGCGGCAGCAGUGAGGGAUUUAUGCAGAGGUGCUGAAGAGAAUGAACACAGUGACCAGAGUAGAAGCUGGGUUGUUGAGAAUAAGGGAAGUGGGGGGAAAAGAGGGACAUCUCUGAAGGGGUACGCACCUACGGGUGGGUUGACUUUUAAGCUAUAAAGGUUUUUUAGCAAGGGUAAUGUAUGUCAAGGGAUUGGAGUGAUCACUCUGGAGAGGGAGGGCGUUUGCUGGGAUUUGCUCCCCCCUGCCCUGCCUGUCAAUCCAAUCCUGAAAGGCCAGGAACACAUCUUCCUGGUGCAGCAUCCAUUGCUAAGGAUGGAUACACUUGAAACAGCCAGCAUCAAAAACAACUUUUUCUUUCUAUGUCUAAAGGACUUAAAACUGGUACCAGGACUGUAACUAACUGUGUUGCCUUUUAGUAGGUGUGCUAUAUCUCCUACUCGCCUUCCUCUUUCUAACUUAAAAUACUGGUUUCCCCGAUCAAAUGAAAUAACUGCAACCAACUAGUAUUACUUUGCAUUGCAGCAGCAGGCUGUGAAGUCAAAGUACUUCUGCUUUGGACUUGGAAGCAGCUUUACUGCUUGGUCUGGAAGUCUGUUUUCUCUUUCCCCACCCCCAGAAGUCCUCUAAAGUUAGCAAGGACAUUUGUUCUUUCUGUAUUUCUUUCACUCUUUCCUCAAACAUAUGCACAAGUCUUUCUUUCUUUUCCCUUCGCCUCAAGUUGAAGUUUACAGUGGUUUUGUCAGGCAGAGGUAGGAUUUGGACCCGGUGGCUGAAAACAAAAGACGUAAGUCUAGGUGGCUGGGAUUCAACAACUUUUCAGACUUAAAAAAAAGUCCUCACAGGUGUGAUGGGAAAUUCAAGGUGAGGUUGAUGUGCAGAAAGCAGGAAGGAGCAAUGGGUGAAAAGAUGCCACCAAAUGUUAGAAGAUCUAGUCAGCUGAGUGUUGCACAAGGAUAGUAUUUUGGUUUAAUAUGUUUGAGGUCGAGUUUUCACUUAGUUAUGCAAGUACUGGUUUUAUUUACCAUUGAUUUCCCUCCUGUGGAUGAAAUAACUGAGGUCUAGAGGAAUUAACUAAUGCUACUGAACUGUUAAAUUAUUUUGUGUUAUUACACUUUGAAUACCUUUUUCCACAAGAUCUGUUUCUGAAUUACAGAUGUUUUCUUUACAUUAUUUAACAAUGUACACUGUAAAAAAAAUAAAAUAAAAUGAAUUCAAACCUUGGGCUUCCCUGGCCGUAGUUAAUGGUAUGUUUUGCACUAAAUCCAGGCAUUGCGCUUCCUGUAUGAUUGCGCUUUGUGCUGCAGUUUGUUACCUUCUUUGUAGAUAUUUAAUGAAAUCAUUCAAAUAAACCAAACCUGCUUUUGUUGA